CGGACUGCGCGGGUGAGUGCGGCCCGGAGCCGGAGCUCUGAGAGCUCCAAGCAGGGCCUUCACUGCACCCCUCGGCUCCCUUGGGAGCCCCCACGCCGGGCCGCCGAGCCCAGCCGAAUCCAGCCUUGUCCGCCGCCGCCGGCGCGCACCGGGGCCGGGCCGGGGAGGAGGGAGGGAGGGAAAGAAGGAGGGGAUCCGCACCGCAGCCAGGCCCCUCCCCUCCGCACCCCCUCCCCGCCCCCGGCCCUCCCUCCGGCCGUCUGAGCUCUGGACCUGGGACCUGGAAGAAACGCGGGCUAAGUGAAACUGUUGCAGUCCCGGCCCCGGGCAGCCCCGCCCGGCGCGAGCUCCGUCCAUCCCUCCGUCCAUCAGUUGGUCCAUCUCGCCGCUCCCGGCGCUCCUGGGCAUCCCGAAAAGUCGGCAGGAGAAUCGACCUCCCUUUCUCCAGUGUUGGGAACUUUCUGCCUGUCCAUGCCUCCAAUCCUCACCCUUUCCACCCGACUACCCACGCCUGGACCUAAUCUGGGAUAAUUCUUGGCUGGGCCCAGGUUGGGGGUAACAUGGGGAGCUCAGCUUCCUCGCUGGCUGCAGAGACGGAAUCAGACCACGGCUUCACUAGCCCAUCCUAUCCCGGGCACCCGGCUACAGGCUGGUAUAGGAGUAGCCACAGUGGUCCUGUGUGGGAAAGUGCCCUAAUAACACGGCAGCACCAGCACUUACAUCCCCGGGCACGAAGCCACACCCAUUCGCCGGGUUCUAUGGCCGCAGUCCGGGAGUGGUCCUGUACCCGGUGCACUUUCCUGAACCCCGCCGGCCAGCGCCAGUGUUCCAUCUGUGAGGCCCCCCGCCAGAAGCCUGAUCUUAACCACAUCCUGAGGCUCAGCGUGGAAGAGCAGAAAUGGCCCUGUGCCCGCUGCACCUUCAGAAACUAUCUGGGCAAAGAGGCCUGUGAGGUAUGCGGCUUUACUCCCGAGCCUCUGCCAGGGACGUCCCCGCUCCCCAUCCUCAAUGGGGUACUCCCCAAGCCCCCCACCAUCUUAGUGGAGCCCAAGGGGAGCUGCAAAGAGGAAGCCGUGCUAAAGGUGGAGGCUGGGGAAUCGGCAGGAAAAAGCCCUGAAGAAGGAGAACCUGAGAGCGGGUGGGCGUGCCAGCGGUGCACCCUCCACAACACUCCUGUCGCCAACUCCUGCUCUGCCUGCGGAGGCCCACGAAAGCUCUCUCUGCCCAAGAUCCCCCCAGAGGCCCUGGUGGUCCCUGAGGUCGUCACCCCUGCUGGCUUCCACAUUGCUCCUUCCACUCCACAGCCCAGCCUCCCCACGGAUCUUCCUGAGGCUGACUCCACCUCGGCUAAUCAAGAUCCAGCUGCUACAGAGCAAGAGCUCCCCAAAAUGCCAUCAUUCAGCCCCUUUUCCCCAACCCUGCAGAACAACCCAGUUCCUAGAAGCCGCCGGGAGGUACCUCCCCAGCUGCAGCCGCCCGUGCCUGAGGCUUCCCAGCCCACAGCUACCCCCGGCCCCAAGGGGUCCCCCCAGGGGCAGGUCCGAGCACCCACCACCACUCGGUUCCAAGAGAUCCUGUCGACCAAGCGGCUGAGCGUGCUGGAGGAAGAGGCGGAAGCCAGCCCACCUCCGUGGAGGUGCAGCUCCUGCUCACUGCAUAAUCCUUCAGGCACCUCUAGGUGCGAGAACUGUGGUGCCCCUCAGGGGAAUGAUGUCAUUGACCUAACUGGGGACACUGUCCGGUUCACCCCAGCUAGCCCUUCCAGCCCUGACUUCACCACCUGGUCGUGUGCCAGGUGCACCCUGAAGAACCCCACCGUGGCUCAGAAGUGCAAGGUCUGUGGCUCCUCUAAGCUGCAUGGCUUCCAGGAGCAUGGCAGCGGGACCUCUGCAGGGGAGCCAGCCGCACGCUGCCCAGACUGCAGUGCCGACAAGACCGGGGAGUGCUGCUGCAGCCGGGCUCCCUCCGCCCGGAAGGCUGCCCGUCUCUUUCCUUCGCAACCCCCUCCGCUCCCUGAGUGGGCCUGCCCAGCCUGCACCCUACUCAACGAGGUGAAGGCCAAGAACUGUGCCGCCUGCCACACCCCUCAGGGCUGCGUGGCCCAGCGCAAAGGAGCCAAGCCCCUGACGCGCAGGGAGAGCAUGCAUGUGGAGAAGCGACGGCAGACAGAUGAGGGCGAGGCCAAGGCUCUGUGGGAAAACAUCGUUACCUUCUGCCAGGAGAACAAAGUGAACUUUGUGGAUGACAGCUUCCCUCCUGGACCUGAGUCAGUGGGCUUCCCUGAAGGGGACAGUGUCCAGCAGCGGGUCAAGCAGUGGCUACGACCUCAUGAAAUCAACUGUAGCAUUUUCAAGGACCAGACAGUGGGUUGGUCAGUGUUCCGGACACCCCGGCCCUCGGACAUCCUGCAAGGGCUCCUGGGGAACUGCUGGUUCCUCAGUGCCCUGGCAGUGUUGGCUGAGCGCCCAGAGCUGGUGGAGCGGGUGAUGAUCACCCGUACCCUCUGUCCAGAAGGGGCAUACCAGGUUCGGCUGUGCAAAGAUGGCACGUGGACCACAGUGCUGGUGGAUGACAUGCUGCCCUGUGACGAGUGUGGGUACCUUCUCUUCUCUCAGGCCCAGCGGAAACAGCUGUGGGUUGCCCUCAUGGAAAAGGCUCUGGCCAAGCUGCAUGGCUCGUACUUUGCCCUCCAGGCUGGGCGUGCCAUCGAAGGCCUGGCCACACUCACUGGUGCCCCCUGCGAGAGUCUGAUGCUGCAGGUCAGCUCCACUAACCCCCGGGAGGAGCCCAUUGACACUGACCUCAUCUGGGCCAAAAUGCUGAGUUCUAAGGAGGCUGGGUUCCUUAUGGGUGCUUCUUGCGGAGGGGGUAACAUGAAAGUCGAUGAUGCAGCCUAUGAGAGCAUGGGCCUCCGCCCCCGCCAUGCCUACUCCAUUCUGGAUGUCCGGGACGUCCAGGGCUUCAGGCUCCUCCGCCUUCGGAACCCUUGGGGACGAUUCUCCUGGAAUGGCAGCUGGUCAGAUGAGUGGCCUCACUGGCCCGGGCACCUGCGCCAUGAUCUGAUGCCCCAUGGCAGCAGCGAGGGGGUCUUCUGGAUGGAGUACAGUGACUUCAUGAGGUACUUUGAUUCCGUUGAUAUUUGCAAGAUCCACUCAGACUGGCAUGAAGUGCGGGUGCAGGGGGCCUUCCCCAAUAAGGCAAGCGGGCCCAUCAUGGUGACCUCCCUGACCGUGCUAGAACGAGCCACCCUGGAGUUUGCUCUCUUCCAGGAGGGGAGCAGACGGUCAGACACUGUUGACAGCCAUCUCCUGGACCUUUGCAUCAUGGUGUUCCGAGCAACCUUCAGCAGCGGGAAUAAGCUGAGCCUGGGCCGCCUCCUGGCCCACAGCAAACGGGCAGUGAAGAAGUUUGUGAACUGUGACGUGAUGCUGGAGCCAGGAGAGUAUGCAGUUGUGUGCUGUGCCUUCAACCACUGGAGCCCCGCCUCAGCAGCUCAGGUUUCCAGCCCGACAGGAGGAGUAGGGCGCUGUGCCCCAGAACCUCCUGGGCACAUCUUGGCUAUCUACAGCUCAAGACUGGUUAUGGUGGAGCAGAUCGAAGCCCAGCCCACCACUCUGGCCGACGCCAUCAUCCUCCUGACUGAGAACAAGGGUGAAAGGCACGAGGGCCGGGAGGGCAUGACCUGCUACUACCUGACCCAUGGCUGGGCAGGCCUGAUUGUGGUCGUAGAGAACCGACAUCCCAAGUCCUAUCUGCAUGUGCAAUGUGACUGUACCGACAGCUUCAAUGUAGUCUCCACCCGAGGCAGCCUCAAGACCCAGGACAGUGUCCCACCCCUGCACAGGCAGGUGCUGGUGAUCCUAUCCCAGCUGGAGGGGAAUGCCGGCUUCUCCAUCACACACCGCCUGGCUCAUCGCAAGGCUGCCCAGGCCUUCCUCAACGACUGGAUGUCCACCAAAGGGACUCACAAUCCUCUGCUCACGCCGGAGGUUGCUGGGCUCCAUGGUCCCCGGCCCCUAUGACCCAUGUUCUGCCCGUCAUGGGGCACCUCCCUUUCCUCUCCCCGUCCCAGCCUCUCCUCGCUUCAUGCCUUCUCCGUUUGUUUAGGUCCCCAGCCCCUUCUGCUCUUCACUGCAGCAGAACUCACCAAGCCCCCCCACCCGCAGCCACCCCUCCUUCUUGGUUACUCUAAGGGUUCUUCUGGAGUCUCUGCCUUGGAGCCAGCACACCUGAAGUGAAGCCCCAGGCCCUGGGUCUGUCUUUCCCGUUUCUGCCCUAGGGUGGAUUGGGAGAGGUUCGACUAACUGGGCUUGGGAUUCCUAUCACUUCCCCUCCCCCUAGUUGCAUGCACUUUAUGAGGGAGACUCGGAGGAUGUAAGGGGCAGGGACUUAACAAUGCUUGAACCCUAGAAAUCUCAGGAUCCCCACCUAAGGGACGUAGCCCUGUAGCCUGAAGUGGGCAUUCCCAACCUCCUGAUUCUGACAUCUUCCUGCUUAUCAAGUGGAGACCUGCAUGGUGGCUGGCCCCAGAGGUGGCAUGACAUGGUGGUGAGCCCUGUGGUCCAGGAUCCAGCCAAGGCAUCCGCUUCUGCAAACAAAAUACCUCUAAUGAAGACACCACUUGUCUCCGCCGUGGCCGGGCCCUGGGAAGCUGCCUGAGAGCCAGCUGGGUGCAGGAGAGAGGGUGUGAGGGCUGGGGAUCGAGGGGGGUGCAGGAGACGUCCCUCUGAGCCGCUUUUCUAGUUUCGUCUAUCAUGGGAAUUUGGGGGUCCUUCCCCCUGAAAAUUGUAGCCAGGAUUUCAAACCACAAAACCAAAAGACUCAUGGGGGCAGGAUCGGAGGCAUUUCAGUGUUUCUGGAAGGACGUGGAGGUGCCCGGCUCGGCGCUUUCUGCUCCAAGUUCCUCUCUUCCUUCCCCUUCCCUGGUUCACCUCCUUUCAGGGAUACAGCAGCCAUCUCUCUCUUCCCACUUCCCAGUCUCACCCAGGUAACAGGGACCUACUACCACAGUUGGAGAGACUAGGGUCCCGACGGAUCCUGCUUUUUCACAUGCUCUCUGGGGAGGGUCUGUCAGCAGCUGAGCGGGAAGCUGGAAGCUAGGCCCAGAACCGUGUUUGGAAACUUUUAGUAAAACAGAACAAAAUUAUGUCUAAAGGAGACGGGAAUAAACACGGGGAGUCCAAAGGCCUGGAUUUCAACAGAAAGUCCUCUCUCGCCUCUCCUCAUGAGCCCUUCCCCUCCCAUCCCCACCAAUGAUACUAUGCAACUCCUGGAGUGAGCAGUGUCAGGAUAGAAGCCAUGCCCUGAGGACGCCCAGACAGGGCCUUCCUCUGCUCCCACCUGCCCUGGGGGGAAGAGGCUGCACUGGCAGGGAACUUCACUUGGGCCCUCCCUGCUAGGUCUGCCUAGUCUGGGCCCAGCUUGACCUAAAAUGGUCUGGGAGGAGAAAUGGGCAAAGGACCCCUGAGUAGCCCCGUUGCCAAAUGUUGAUCAUUUGGUUUUUAAUGGAAUUCCUUCUCAAACUUUUAAGCAAACCCUUCUGCCUUGUGAGCCUAGGAUGUUAGAGCUGACAAGUUUGUUCUGACCUCCUGGGGGAAGGGGUGGGAUGGAGUGGAUUGGGGAGGAAGCCAGUAGCCUCGCUCCUCUGGCCCCAGAGGCUCUUGACAUGACGGGUAUCUGUUCAGUGUGGCCCAGGAACUCAACAGGGAUCAGUGAGUUCCAGCCCAUCCCAGGUUUUCCCCCAGGCCCCAACAUUGGCUGCCCAGGGCCUGUCUCCAACUCAGAACAACCUGCCAUCCGAAUAUCAGGGCCAUCAUUGUCCUACACCCCCCCCCAUCUGCUUCCUGGAUGGCUUGGAGGGCCCAAGAAACCUGUCUCCCUUUUGGAAACACAAAAUGGACAGGGCCGCCAGUCCCAUGAGGUUUAAAGUUUUGUAGGAAGUGAAACUGGCACUUGUGAAAAGUAGGAUCCCUCCCCUCCACGACUCCUUAGGUGCUAAGUCUCUAAACCCAGGGCCCUCUCUGGGAAUUGUGCCCCCAGCAGCAGGGGUAAGGGAAGUCCAGUUUGAGUCAUUGUUCCCGCUUGGCUCUGGCUCCAACUGAGACCAGCCAGCCUGGCGUCCUGUUGGGCAGGGGCCUGAUUUAGUGCCAGGCUCAACACAGACUUCAGAAUAAUAAUUCAGGUUUCAGAAAAGUACUAAAUAGAAGCAUGUCACAGCGGGGCUUAGCUCCCAGCUCCACGCAUUUGGGUAUCCCCUAGAUCCAAUCCCAUCGUCACAACCUAGCAGCUCCCAGCAGCCAAUCCCCGUGCCAGGCGGUUAGCCUAUUGCACACGUUAGUCUUGUCCCCAGCAUCCAUUUUGCAAAGGGCCUUUUGCUGUCAUUAGGUUACCAAAAUCUUCUCUCUCAUAUUCAAGCCCCAGCUCUUUUUUCGGAAGCCCAGGGUGAAAAUCUAGCCUCUGGGGUGGGGGUGGGAUAAAGUCUCAGACUCGGGGCCCAAGUGGCUGGUAGUGCCCCAGCAAUUGCUUUCCCCACCACCCUCCCUAUUCCUGUCCCCCCCCAGCAUUCCCUGGGCCCCCGAUACUAGAGUAGGGGGCAGCAAAGGGAUGUUGAAUUCUUUGGUGUCUGUUUUGUGAAUGUCUGAGCCCAGGCGCUCUGCAGGAGGGAGGAAUGGGAAGGACGCUCAGCCAUCCUGGGCACUCCUGGCCCUGGCCCUCCCGCAGGAGCCCACCUCUGCACUGCCUCAUCAGACCUGCUGCCCCCUCCCCUGGCAGCGGGGAGCCAAGCUCACCCAACCCUUUGUUUCUGUGGUCCCCCUUUUUUAAAAAAAUCUGUCAAAAAUACCUAAAACACUAUAAUCUGCCCUUCCUUUUCUCCUUUUUAUUUCCUUUUAUUCUCUCUGAGCUGUGAAUAUUUUUAACCCUGUAAAUACUGUCCAGCUCUUACGAAACAUAGGCUAUUUUAUCAAUUGUAAAUCAGAACUGUAAUCCCUGUAUGAUACGAAUUCUCCAUGGGUGGUUUUCAGACUCAGGCUCCAAUGGACCAAAUAAAAAGUUUUGUUUUUUAAUGAA